AUGUCACGUUCGUACGGAUUCCGGCGCAUAGUCUUGAUCGUAGUCGCUAGCAUUCUCCUUCUGAACGCUGGCACAUCUCUCGCCGCUCCAGUCACAAAAUACGAUCCGUUAGUGAUCGAUACUUUUCGCAGCCCUGCAACAAACGAUCUGGGAAUCUGGCAUGGAGCAGACGAAGGAAUGCCAGCUGAAUAUGGCGAAGGCUUUCUUCGCCUUAGACCCACGAAUGCCGAUAUGAACUUCUAUACCCAACUUUCCAUAAGCUGCAACAACAUGACCGGAUAUAAAGAUGCGUAUCUACAUGUUGUCUUCAAGGGGACCGAUAAGUUCAGCAUCAGCUUUACACAGCACAAUGCAGCGUGUGACCAGAAAAGGGCUCCUUAUCCCGAAACUUGGGAUUCAGUCGAGGCAUCUCGCUAUGCUAACGGGGAGGAUAUAUACGUUCCUCUCUCGCACUUCAAUAUAGACUUCACAAGAGCUAACUCGAUUGGUUUCCAUGGCUUCUAUACCCGAGAAGAAGUGACCUUGUUCAAGGUUGAGAUUAUCUCUGCGCCCCCUGGUGCUGUGAAUACACCCCAAAAACUUCCCACUGGCACACUGGUACUGAAAUGCAAACGGCCAAACUCCUUUGCAUUUGGCAUCGAUGAUGGGCAGCCACAGUAUGCUCAAGAAGUCAUGAAAAUAUUGGCUGAAGAGGAUAUCCUCGUGACGUUCUUCACCGUCGGCAAUGGACUAUUGGACGAGUCUGCCAACUUUACAAACGUCUACAAGGAGAUGCUAGGCCGUGGGCACCAGGUUGCUCUUCAUACAUUUUCGCAUCCUAUAUUAGCACUUUUGAAGAAUCUCCGUCUAACAAGCGUUAAGGAUGGAAGGAUUACCAACUACAGAGGGCAUCGACCGGGAAUUCGUGAAGAACAUGGAAAUGCUAAUAUGGUUCUCAAUCUAGGUCGAUAUUUCCGCCCACCCUUUGGCAACGUUGGUGCCCGAACUCGACAACGUCUUGCAGCUUUGGUUACUGACCCUUACAUUGUCAACUGGAGUGUGGAUAUUGAAGAUUGGCUAUGGGCUGGCUCCCCAACUCCUGAGAAACAAUUCGAAGCAUUCAAGCGAGACUUUGAGAAAGGGGGUGAUAUUGCCGUCAUGCAUUACCUGAAUCCCACCACUAUUUCAUACUUCAGGGACGUAUUCCAGCUAGUCAAGAAGUCUGGCAAGCGCAUCAUGCGUGUUGAUCAGUGCAUGGAAGAUCCAUCCGCACCACCAUUGCAUUGA